AUGGCGGAAGAGGAGGUGGCCAAGCUGCAGAAGCACCUGGCCCUGCUCCGGCAGGAGUAUGUGAAAAUGCAGCAGAAGCUGGCCGACACAGAGAGGCGCUGUGCUGUGCUGGCUGCUCAGGCCCCCGUCCAGGGUGCCACCAGCCUGGCCGCCACUGACACUUUCAUCAGCCGACUGCUAGACAUCGUGGCUGACCUCUACCAGCAGGAGCAGUACAGUGAUCUGAAAGUGAAAGUUGCAGGGGAGAAUCUCAGUGCCCAUAAGUUUGUUUUGGCUGCGCGUAGUGAUGUCUGGAGUCUGGCAAACCUGGCCUCCACCUCAGAACUGGACCUAUCUGAUGCCAAGCCUGAGGUUGCCAUGGCAAUGUUGCGUUGGGCAUACACCGACGAGCUGGAGCUUAGCGGAGAUGAUGCCUUUCUUAUCGACUUAAUGAAGCUGGCUAACCGCUUCCAGCUGCAGCUGCUCAGAGAGAGGUGUGAAAAAGGGGUGAUGUCCUCAGUGAAUGUCAGGAACUGCAUUCGCUUCUACCAGACGGCUGAAGAGCUCAAUGCCACCACACUAAUGAACUACUGUGGGGAGAUUAUCGCCAGUCACUGGGAUGACCUUCGGAAAGAAGAUUUUAGCACCAUGAGUGCCCAGCUCCUGUACAAGAUGAUCAAGUCUAAAACAGAGUAUCCUCUCCACAAAGCCAUCAAAGUUGAACGGGAAGAUGUGGUUUUCCUCUAUCUCAUUGAGAUGGAUUCACAGCUGCCUGGCAAGCUGAAUGAACUGGACAAUAAUGGUGACCUGGCACUUGACUUGGCACUUUCUCGUAAAUUGGAGAGUAUUGCCACCACUCUGGUCAACAACAAAGCUGAUGUGGAUAUGGUGGACCAGAGUGGCUGGAGUCUUCUGCAUAAAGCUAUCCAAAGAGGUGAUGAGUUUGCCUCCACCUUCCUGAUCCGUCACUCAGCCCAGGUGAAUGCAGCCACGGUCGGGGCGGUAGAAACACCUCUCCACCUGGUCUGCUCCUUUAGCCCAAAGAAACACUCUGGGGAAGUGAUGAGCGGCAUGGCACGGAUUGCAGAGGCCCUGCUCAAGACUGGAGCCAACCCCAACAUGCAGAACAGCAAGGGCAGAACACCUUUGCAUGAAGCUGUGGCGUCAGGGAAUGAGCCUGUGUUCAACCAGCUGCUACAGUGCAAACAUCUGGACCUGGAACUCAAGGACCAUGAGGGGAGCACAGCCUUGUGGCUGGCCCUGCAAUAUAUCACAGUAUCCUCAGACCCCUCAGUCAACCCAUUUGAGGAUGAUGCACCGGUGGUAAACGGCACCUCGUUUGACGAGAACAGCUUUGCAGCCCAGCUUAUCCAGAGAGGGUGCAACCCUGAUGCACCUGACACUGCCACAGGAAACUGCCUGCUGCAGAGAGCAGCCCGGUCAGGCAGUGAGGCUGCUGCUCUCUUCUUGGCCACUCAUGGGGCAAAGGUCAAUCAUGUCAACAAAUGGGGUGAGACCCCACUUCACACAGCAUGCCGCUGUGGCCUGGCAAGCCUGACAGCAGAGCUGCUUCAGCAGGGGGCCAACCCCAAUCUGCAGACCCAGAAGGCCCUGCCUGACGACACACAUGGUGUGGCUCUACAGAGCCCUCUCCACAUGGCUAUUGCUCACAACCACCCAGAUGUGGUUUCUGUCAUCCUUGAGCAAAAAGCCAACGCACUUCAUGCCACCAACAACUUUCAGAUCAUACCAGACUUCAGCCUCAAAGACUCCAUGGACCAGACAGUGUUGGGCUUGGCCCUCUGGACAGGUAUGCACACCAUAGCAGCUCAGCUGCUGGGCUCAGGGGCUUCUAUCAAUGAUACAAUGUCCAACGGGCAAACCUUACUUCACAUGGCCAUCCAAAGACAGGACAGCAAGAGUGCCCUGUUCCUUCUGGAGCACCAGGCUGACAUCAGUGUUAGGACCCAAGAGGGCCAGACAGCACUACAGCUGGCCAUCAGUAACCAGCUGCCCCUGGUGGUGGAUGCCAUCUGUACACGGGGAGCUGAUAUGUCUGUAGCAGAUGAGAAGGGUGACCCUCCACUGUGGCUGGCCUUGGAGAACGGCUUGGAGGACAUUGCAUCCACACUGGUUCGCCACGGUUGUGAUGCCACUUGUUGGAGCCAAGGUCCCUCAGGCUGCCAGCAGACCCUCCUGCACAGGGCUGUGGAUGAGAACAACGAGGUCUCCGCUUGCUUCCUCAUCCGCAGUGGUUGUGAUGUGAACAGCCCCAGGCGGCCAGGCCCUAAUGGAGAGGGAGAUGAGGAGGCCCGUGAUGGGCAAACACCCCUCCACCUGGCAGCCAGCUGGGGACUGGAGGAGGUGGUGCAGUGCCUUCUGGAGUUUGGGGCCAAUGUCAAUGCACAGGAUGCAGAGGGCCGAGCUCCCAUCCAUGUUGCCAUUAGCAACCAGCACAGUGUCAUCAUCCAGCUACUCAUUUCCCAUCCGGACAUCCGUCUAAACAUACGCGACCGUCAGGGCAUGACCCCCUUUGCCUGUGCGAUGACCCACAAGAACAACAAGGCCGCGGAGGCUAUCCUUAAGAGGGAGCCGGGGGCUGCUGAGCAGGUGGACAACAAAGGCCGUAAUUUCCUCCAUGUGGCUGUGCAGAACUCGGAUAUUGAAAGUGUCCUGUUUCUCAUCAGUGUCCAAGCUAAUGUCAACUCCAGGGUUCAGGACACAGCCAAACUCACCCCUCUCCACCUGGCUGUCCAGGCUGGCUCUGAGAUCAUUGUCCGCAACCUGCUGCUAGCUGGGGCCAAGGUAAAUGAGCUGACCAAACACAGGCAGACGGCCCUACACUUGGCCGCCCAGCAGGACCUGGCUACCAUUUGCUCUGUGUUGCUGGAGAAUGGAGUAGACUUUGCUGCUGAGGAUGAGAAUGGAAACAAUGCUCUGCACCUAGCUGUGAUGCAGGGUCGCCUUAACAAUGUCCGAGCCCUUCUCACAGAGUCCAACAUUGACGCUGAGGCCUUCAAUCUCAGGGGUCAGUCACCAAUGCACGUCCUGGGGCAUUAUGGGAAAGAGAAUGCUGCUGCCAUUUUUGAGUUGUUCCUGGAGUGCAUGCCUGAAUACCCUCUGGACAAACCAGAUAAUGAAGGGAAUACAGUUCUGCUUCUGGCCUACAUGAAAGGAAACGCUAACCUGUGUCGUGCCAUCGUGAGGGCAGGGGCUCGACUAGGUGUCAACAACAAUCAGGGCAUCAACAUCUUCAACUACCAAGUGGCCACCAAACAGCUGCUUUUCCGCCUUCUAGAUAUGUUGUCCAAAGAGCCCCCAUGGUGUGAUGGGUCCAACUGCUAUGAAUGUGCCGCUAAGUUUGGUGUUACAACACGGAAACAUCACUGCCGCCACUGUGGGCGCCUGCUGUGCCACAAGUGCUCUAUAAAGGAGAUCCCCAUCAUCAAGUUUGACUUGAACAAGCCUGUGAGGGUGUGCGACAUCUGCUUUGAUGUGCUGACUUUGGGUGGGGUGUCCUAAUGCAGCCGCUUGGCUCUUCUCCACCCUCCCACACUGGCCAUUCCCAGCUUGGCAGAGUUAUUCAGGCAUGCCAGGAGAGGGGGUAUCAGUAGCAGGACAUACAAACAGGAAAUCCCCAGACCGUUACAGACCACCACUACUAUACUAUUCCAGUCUAUGAAAAACUAUCAAUGUUUUAGAGGGACUUUUUAAAUAGAAAGUGAAACAUUGUCUUAUUUUUGUUUCUGUUUUUGACCCAAGUAUCAUAUAAAAGUGGAAAUGCAGAACUCGCCAGCUUGGUGAUGGCUAGACUGAAUUUGUUGGAUGGGGAGAUGAUCAUAUUGUCUUUCCAAGCUCAAUGACAUUUGUAGUGAUUAGAUCUAGAUAUCACUAGUAAGCUAUUGCUGUGCACAGUCUGUUCAAUUCAGUGGCAUGUAUUAGAUCGCCAAAUCAGCUCUCAGAGGAGUUUACUCUGUUCUCUUUUGGGGAGUUGACAACAAAUAAUAAUUUCACCAACAGGAGCCUUCUUGCUUUGUGCCCUAUCCACUGAUUAAACACUUCAUGGCACUGCAUGCAUACAUAUAUGAGGGAGCAGAGGCAGCUGCUGACAGAGAGCAGAGUAAACCUCCUCUUAAUGUCAAUGACAGAUCACUGGAUUCUGGUGGGCUGUGCUACUGGCAUGCAUUCUUCUCAUAACCUUUCAUCUGUCACUUCACCACCACCCCAGUUUUCUAUCAGCUGGAUAAAACCAUGACAUACCAGUAGGACUUUAAGGGACAAGACCUGAGGGUUUUUUUUGUUUGUUUGUUUGUUUUUUGUAAUGAACAUAUUUGUUCAAUCCAAUCAGAGAUUCAGAAUUGAAUAAGAAUGACACUGUAAUAGUUUACAGUUACAAGUGAGAGAUUGCACAACUGGAUAAAAUCGAGAUGGAUCAAGUUUAUUUCAUAUUUAGAAAUCCAGUGUUUUUCCCCCCAUGUGGUUGGAACAUGGUGUACCAUUUACAAGCAUCAGCCCAAAUGAUUUGAUGGUAAAGUGCAGUUUUUAAAAUGUGAUCUAAUAAACCUUUUUUUUUUUUUUUUUUAUCAUGAGGACCACAAACAUCCCUAAAACAAGAUAAUAAUCCUCGUGGAGUUACAGAAAUACCUGUUAUGCCUAUGCAUGUCAUAUAAUUUGUAGCCUUUAUGUGUUACUGUCAUAAUCAUGAAUCAUGUUUCCAAAAUCUGUCACCAAAUUAUUACAUUCCAUUUUAUCAGUUUUUGGCCUGUUGAGGUCUUCAUUGGAACGAGAGAAAAUUAUCCUGCAAUGUUGCCUCAAGUCAAGUUGUUGUCUUGACCCAUCACAUGUAAUGCUUAAUCAUUUCUAAGCCUAACAGGUGCACUUUAUCAAGAUUACAUGACAUUUCUGAUCAUUUGGGAGAAUGUGGAGUGGCGAGAUGGCCAAGUAGUGGGGCCACUUUAGGUAUUGUUAAAUUGUACAGAUAAAUGUGUAAUAUUUUUGACCACUACAACUGUUUUGUACUUAAUGCAGUUUGUGCUUGUCAUUGUGACAAACUUAAAUCUUGCCUCUGUUAAUCUUUUAUGCACAUUGUUUAAUCUUUUAUGCACAUUGUAUUGUAUCUGUAUGCUCAGAUAUCUAGCCUGUUUCUUCCUGGUGUAUCCUUUUAGAGAAAGGGAGGACAACUUUACAUAAAGGUCAUCAAAAUAAGAA